AUGGCUUCUCGUGAUCCGGCGCGACUUCGCCAGGGACUUCAUCCUCUCACGACAACAUCAGCAGGCGGCUACAACGGUCCUCUCCAUACGCCCAUAUCUGCCGUCUCCAUGACCUCGAGCCAUUACCAUUCUGCUGCCCAAACGCCUGGCAGUAGUAUACAGCCUUAUAAUCCCCAAGAAUGGGCCCCUACACAGUCUGCCGUUGCCGAGCGUGCUGUUCAAUAUGCAGGCGAGGUUCAAGUGUCGCCGGUGCCUCCCCCGCCAUACAGUCCGCCUAGAGGUCAACAACAUCGUCCCAUAAGUACAGUCUUUGACUCUUCGCCUGCUGGAACUCCGACUCCGCCGCCUAGACUAAGCACCAUGAUGCAUCGGCCGUCUCCUGAACCGGCCAAUGCAUCUUUUCCUCCUCCCCCGGGGACGCAGGGGCGCAACGGUUCACGCGAUCGCCGCUUUCUUCCAACAUUGGGCCGUCGUAGAGAUACCGAUACCUCGAGCACUCCACCACCUCAACCUCCACCGCCUCCUCCUCAGAGCCAUCGUCAGAGUAUGAUAGUGCAAACUUCGUUUCACCAUCCCACUCCGGAAUAUGGAAUGGCUGGUGUCAUGUCGCAUGGGCCCCCAGCAGCCCGAAGAGCCGUUUCUGCUGGGGCCGUUGAGACACCCACAUCUGCUCGCUCACGAUCAACCUCUCAGUCUAGAUGGGAACCAGGCAUGCCUCUUCCACCGCCGCCUCCUGGUCCCCCUCCCCCUUCCUCAAGUAGAUCACAAAGCGUGCAGUCCAUGGAUAGGAAUACAGUUCCCAUCAUAUCUCCUCCCAUGAAGAGACGCCAACCGCCGACUGGUGUGACAAAUCUUGGGCCUGUUCCUCCAACACCUGCGGACUGGAAUGAGAAUGAAAGCCAAGCAGGGCCGUCAAAUCAGAGACGAUCACCUGGUCUCACCAUUGAUACUUCAUUAAGUUCCAGUGCACCCGUUGAGCCUGCUCUUGGCUCGUCAUCAAGUAUCAACGGUCUCAACCGACAAAAGGCGGUACGACAUGAUAAAACUAUUCUUCAGCGAAGGACUGAAAGCCGAACGAGACACAGCUUCCGUGAAUCGAUAGAUGAACGGACGCGACCAGAUUCAAUGGCGGAUAUAAUGGUACCGAAUUCCACUGAUCUGUCGCGGACGUCAAUUGGCAAAUCGACUCCCCUUAGUGAUACACUUACAUCACAAGAUUCUCGAAACUCAACCCCCAGGGCUCCAGGGUCAGGGAAGCUACCUCAAGAAGCAGAAACGCCACCUUUCUCUCCCCAUGCUUUCCAACAAGCACAGUACGGAAGCAGCUCAAAAGCGGUCGCUCCCAAAGCACUGCCUACUCCACCUCCUCGGUCUGGUUCUAUUGCAUCAGUCUCACGAAUACGGGAGUCCUCUCGGCCCCCUUCAGCCGGACUCGUAGUUUCAAAACACCUAAUCACAACACAAACUGCCGAUCAGUUUGCAGAAGGAACUAUCGAUCGAUUUCGCGAGUUUGCCAUUAAGGAGUCGAGCGCCACUACUGACGCGGACCGGGUACGCUUGUUUGCUGAUUUUGUGGUCAAUGAGUCGAGAAUCAGACGGGAAAGGUACUCAACCGCUAUUGGAGCUAUGGGCUCUGAAAUAUUUGACCUUACUCGAGAUCUUUUCCGCCCAAUGGUUUCCCAGAGGCGAGAGUCAGCUUCUUCACAAGAUCAAUGGACUCCUGGCUUGUCUGAGCCAGGUCCAUCUCGUCGAGGCUCUGUGGGCUCCAAUCUAGGAGAGAGCCCUCAGCCGACCACCAAAUCAGCCAAUGUUCCCACAUCGCCCAGCGGGAAUAACCCCCCGAACUUGAAUUGGUCUGGCAAUUACAUGCCGUCACUAUCGCCAAUCCUGAGUAUGAGCGUCAGCGAAAACUAUGAAAACGGUAGCUCUCGAGGUCGCCCUCCAAGCCGUUGGUGGGAAUCAGACUCACAAGGCGAAGCAUCCCACCUUGGAAGAUCUAAGAGAGAAUCCAAGUACAUGGGUGUGACCAAGACGCAAUGGGUUGAGGAGGAUCGACCACCUGUGGUGUAUGAAGAACAAGUCCCGUCAUCUGAAUAUCCGCCUGAAAAGACGGGCUGGCAUGAUCAGUCAGAGCCUAGUCUCACACCUCAACCAUUUGGCUUCCCUGCCACCUCAAACAUGAACUCGAGUCCAUGCUCAACUAUCAACCGCGACCACUUGGAUAUCUCUCGCCUCGUUACGAUGCCUCCUCCUUACCCGAGGCACCAUCCUGCUGUCAACAACAAACACCCUGAAUUGACUUCUAUCAGAACAGCAGUGCGAGCUCUGAGUCAACUUGAUGAAAUCACCAAGACAAGGGAGCGAUUUGCUGUUGAGAGCACCAAGCGCCGGGAACAAUUUUCCAAAGCAGCGACCGACCGUCGUCAGGCCUUGCGGGCAAACUUGCAAAACGAGAUUAACUCUGGCAGUUUGAGUUAUGCAGAUGCAGGAGCUAUUGACGCCGACGCGAAAGCCAGUGAAAUAACGAAGAAAAAGGAGCUGGAGAAAUCGGAAUACGAGUUGUUCCAGAAUCAGGUGGUAUUGCCUCUGAAUGAACUCUUGACAGGACGUAUUGCGCGCGCCACAGAGUUGUUCGACGAUCUAGCCCAACACCUGUUCGAUAACGGACAGAUCGAUGCCGACAUGCCGCAAGAAGAAGGCGAUGAUAGACCCGAGCUUCUAGAGAAGUUGACUCUACUGAAGUGGGUAUUCGAGGCGCGUGAGGGCCUGCACCGGGCUAUUUACGAUAUCCUUUCGGAUCGUAACGGCCGAUAUUGCGAGGUUGUAUUGACCCCCUACCGGCUUUCCGGAAACACCGAGAAGCUCAAGUCAGCAGAGACUUUUUUUGCGGAAGACUCGGCAAAACGCGAAUAUGCGUAUGCUCAUGAGGUUCUGGAACGAACACGAGACUUUCGAGAAGUAGUCGAAAAGGCUGUGGACCAUGGUGUUGCACUGCAGCUGUCAGCAUUCUGGGAUAUUGCACCUCCGCUUUGCGAGCUUCUGGACAACAUCCCUUCGGACCUAGACGGAUUUAAUAUUCAGAUUCCAACGUCGGAGAUUGAAGAAAAUCCGUCAUACAUUGAGCAUCCGAUGCAGUAUCUGUUCAGCCUGUUGCUUCACGCCGAGAAAAGCACAUACCAAUUCAUCGAAUCGCACACCAACCUGCUCUGUCUGCUUCACGAGGUCAAAGAGGCAGUGGUGCAUUCUAAAGGGAAGGUGCUCGAAACUCAGACCCAGGAUGAGAAGGGGAACCCAAUUCCGAAGGCCGAUAGUAAUGCGCGAGCGCAGCAGAUGAGAAAGGCAGAAGAACGCCGACUUACCGAGGAUCUGAAAGAGAAGGUCCGUCUCGUGCAAGACCAAUGGAAGAGCGCACUGGGUGAGAACAUUACUCUCGUGAAGGAGCGCCUAGGAGAAUGGUUGUUGCAGAUGGGCGGCUGGGAUGAGUCGUUAGAAGAUAGAGGCGUGGGCAGUGUUUAG